CCGGCCCGCUGGUCUUCAUUCAUCCAUUCAGCCCGGCUGGGGUGACUUUAGUUGCCGCCCAGGGCCCCUCCUCGGAGCCGUGGCCACGACUGCCGGCUCACCCGCUGUCCUGCCGCCAGAGCCCACUCCCUGCUGGUGGCAUCGUGGCCGCAGGCCCCCGCGGGAUUGUCCAGGAAGAUGGGUGCCUGCAGGAGGAAGGCCCUGACCCUGCUGAGCAGCGUCUUUGCCGUGUGCGGCCUGGGCCUGCUGGGCAUCGCGGUCAGCACGGACCACUGGCUGUACCUGGAGGAGGGCGUGGUCCUGCCCCAGAACCAGAGCACCGAGACCAAGAUGUCCCUGCACUCAGGCCUAUGGAGGGUCUGCUUCCUCGCAGGUGAGGAGCGGGGACGCUGCUUCACCAUAGAGUAUGUGAUGCCCGUGAGCACCCAGCUCGCCUCCGAGUCCACAGUCAACGUGCUCAAAAUGAUUCGCUCGGCCACGCCGUUCCCCCUGGUCAGCCUCUUCUUCAUGUUCAUUGGCUUCAUCCUGAGCAACAUUGGACACGUCCGUCCCCACAGGACAAUCCUGGCCUUUGUCUCCGGCAUCUUCUUUAUCCUCUCUGGCCUCUCGCUGGUGGUGGGCCUGGUGCUGUACAUCUCCAGCAUCAACGAUGAGGUGCUCAACAGGACCAAGGAUGCGGAGACCUACUUCACCUACAAGUACGGAUGGUCCUUUGCCUUCGCCGCCAUCUCCUUCCUCUUAACGGAGAGUGCGGGGGUGAUGGCCGUGUACCUGUUCAUGAAGAGGUGCACCGCCGAGGACGUGUACAGGCCUCACCCCGGCUUCUACCGCCCGCGUCUGAGCAACUGCUCCGAUCACUCGGGCCAGUUCCUGCACCCGGACGCCUGGGCGCGAGGCCGCAGCCCGUCCGACAUCUCCAGCGACGUCUCCCUGCAGAUGAACAGCAGCUACCCAGCCCUGCUCAAGUGCCCCGACUACCGCCAGGUGUCUUCCUCCCCCUGCUGAGUCCCCGCCCCGGACUGCCGUGCCCAGACAGCCUUCCCUGCCCCCGCUGCCCUUGGUCUACGGCCGGCUGUCCCCGUGCUUAGCUGUUUUCACCUGACCCGUGUCCCCUCCCUGCUCGCCCAGAGGAGCUCCUGCAGCCCAGGGUGGGUGUCGGGAGUCUGGCGCCAGCGAGCGGAUGACGGGUUGAGAGCUGGGAGUCCCCCCGCCUCUUGAGUGCCAGUCAUUGGGCGCUCUCCUUCCCUGGGAGGGGUGGGCCUUCCAGCUCUGUCUUCCCCGCCGCACCCUACGUCAUGGACCCAGGCCAAGGCCAGCUCUGCGAUGCCAGGUUCCUUCCAGAGACCCAGCUGGACUUGGGAGCUUGCCAACUGGCCUGGCCCUCGCGUCGUGAUCUGGGCUAUGGG